AUGCUUAGGAGGCUGGCGCUGGCCGCCGCGACGCUCAUGCAAGUCCGCUCGCUGCGCACAGGGGGACAGGACAGAAUAAACUACCCCCCCUGGCCCUUCCUGACCACCCCUUGGGCGAAGAACUCCGCACUCCACCACCGACGCUACUCGAGAAACAGAAGGAGCAGAAGCAUAAUCCUCAAAGCCGUAAGAGGCAUCAGAACCUUCAACCCUAGCGAGUAUGCCAAAAGAGAGUACCUAUUUAAAACAUGGAGAGAACUAGCCAAAGCCUUUUCCUACAGCUUUUACGACUUGCCCGUGCUGGAGGAUUACUAUAUUUUUCAGAAGAGCAAAAUAAAUGAGGCGUACGACUUCGUUAAGAAUAAGCGUCACUUGAUUUUGCGGCCGGAAAUCACUCCCCAGUUGGUAAACCACCUCUUCGUGCGCGAGGAGAGGGCACGCCGGGGGGCGAGCCACGAGGGGGGUGAACAGGGUAAAACGGCUGGACAGAGGGGCAACCUGGAAGAGCAGCACCGGUCUCCACCCCACAGUGCAGUAGCAACGGAGCGAUUACGCGGCUCACCCCGUGCGCGCGUCAAGCCGUACCGACUGCACAACCUGCGCAAGGUACACAAAAUGAGCACCAUCGGUCAGUGCUUCCGCUACGAAAAGACAACCAGAUGCAGGAAGAGAGAACACUACCAGUGGAAUAUGGAUAUCAUCGGCACGGACCUGAUAGAUUCAGAUGUCGAAAUUUUAACCAUCUUGAUCUCCUUCUUCCGCCGAGUCCACCUCCUCCCCACCGACGUAGUGAUUAAAAUAAAUGACAAGCGAAUUCUUGUCCAUAUGAUAAACAGAAUGUUCAGGUCAUCCUUAAAAGACUUUUCACACCCCUACAUUCAACAUCAUGUCAUCCAAAAUAUCCUACACACCUUAGACAAGUAUAAAAAAAUAUCCAGUGGCACUUUUAAGUUCUUGCUUCAGAGGAAGAUGCCCUACUUGCACCGACAUGAAGUGAUCCAUUUUUUUAAUGUCAUUGGAAAAAUCCAGAGUCUAACUGACCUGGCAAUCUUUUUUACUUCCCCAGAGCAGACCAUUUUUUCCGAUUUGCACACUGUGCUCAGCUAUUUUGGGGAGAUGAAUUUAAACAGUUACUUCGAGAUCGACUUAACUGUCGUUAGGGGGAUGGAAUACUACACGAACAUAAUCUUUGAGGCUUUUUACAGGCAUGAAAGGUAUAGAGCAAUCUGUGGGGGGGGGAGAUAUAGUUAUGCUCUUAAUACCGGCCAGCGUGUUUGUGCCGUGGGUUUUGGCAUGGGGGACGUCGUCAUCACGGAGAUUCUUUUCAAGAGCCAAGCGCGUCACGGGACAAGCGCCGCGGGAGACUUAGCCGACGAGAUCUCCAAAAACGUCGAUGUGGUUAGCUUCUUUCCCCCGUUGGACCAGCAGGGGGGGCGUCACGUUGACCAUCAGGCGGAGCGUCAAGCGGAGCGACGUGCAGAGCAGCGUACAGAGCAGCGCACAGAUUGCUAUCCACCGCAGAAACAUAUUGGCCACCACCCCCGCAGCCUCAUACAGAGGGAACACUUCCACAUAGUGGACACCCUGCGCAGAAACGGUGUGCGCGUGUACUCCCUCCUCCAUCGCGGCAGCAACAGCAGCCUUUCGAAGGCUUUGAAGAAGGCCAACUCCCUGCGCGCAAAUUUUUUUUUCUUCUUCGAUGAGCACAUUGGAGUGUUCUUCCUGAAGGAUUUGAGAACGGGGGGGCAGCGCGCGGUCACGUCGGUGGACGUCCUGUCGGUCUACUCUUCCGGGUGUACCGCUGCCGCCCCAGUAGUUGCCCCCGAGGGGAUGCGCGAAGAUGCGCAGCGGAGCGUCGCCCCCAAUGGGGGAAAGUAA